AUGCUGUAUUCUGCGAAUUACGUUCGAUUGACAUGUGAUGAUGAUCAUGACACUCAUCAUGACAGUGACCAUCAUUCGACGAUGAUGACUCUAGUGGACCAAUCUACGGGUGACGCUUCCCAUCCCAUCAUCAGUCCACACUCACUUUGGCCAGCAUCAUCAUCACCACCACCGCCACUGGCAAUUCAGGCGCACCACCCCUGUCAUAACUACCAAGACCACUUGGCAGAAAAUGAAUCACGACGUCAUUGCAAUUUCUCGGAUUCCAGCUCUUGGUGCGAAAUGAGUGAAUGGUUGUUUCAACCACAAGUGGGGCGGGAGAAUCACUUGUACUUUGGUUGCUGUUGCGAUGUACGUCGGGCAGUGGUGGCUCUCAAUUUAUUGACGAUUUGUCUGCUCUUCGCUUUGUUGGUCAGCUACGAAGUUUUCGUUCGCAUCAUGCAUGAGCCACUUGGAAAUCUGACCAUAGAAAUCUUUCCAGAAGUAGGGCAUGGUAUCCGUGGUAACGCUGAAGACGAGAGCUCUGACCCUGACUAUACGAUUCAAGACUCUCCUUCCCAUGGUCAUUGGUUCUUGUAUAUGUUGCAACGAUACAUGGACGUGUGGAUUCUCGUCGGUAUUAUUCUACAUUCAGUCGGGGUCUACGGAGCCAUCAAAUUCAAAUUAUGGGCCGUCCAGGUCGCUGCCAUUGCAUAUGCCUUGCCAUUGGUUCUUUCCAUUGUCUAUCUUCAUCCCAUUGUAUUCGUCGUCAGUGGGGGUCUAUGCCUAUAUCCGCAUAUGGUACUCCUAAAGGAGAUGAAGGAAGGCGUCAUGAUGCCCUACAAGUACGAGUAUGUCAGUGCAUGCUGUGUAUGCGUACCGGUAUGA